AUGGCUAAUCUACAUAUUUCUGUUACAUUUGUCCUUGCACUGUGCUUAAAGCUCAUAUCCUCAUCCUUGUAUGAUUUAAUUGAAACUCCACAAACAUCACACAUUUUAGGUGAAGAAGACAAAUCAACCCCCAAUAUUGUGUCAAAUUCAUUCAUCACAGAGGUCCCUAAGGCAGACAAUCAUCUAACAUCUUUUGAGAGGGAGAUCAAUGAUAUACUUGGAACCCCUGGAUACAUAGAAUAUGGCUUGGAAGACAAUCUGCUCCAUACCUUACAUCACACACAUUCCAGUCCCUUGCUUCCUGAGAAGGAACACAAAUAUUUCACAAUGGGGGAAGGGGGAGACCAUCAUCAUCAACAUGUGGAGUUUCCAAUGACUCCUUUUGAAAGGGAUGAACAAUCUGCAGGAUAUGCUUGUGUAAGUGACAUUGGAGAUGUAGAAGAUAGCUUGGUCAAGGAGGUAGAUCACUUGAAUCACAAAACAUUUGAAGCCCACAAUUUGAAAACUUCAAAAAAGCCCCAUCAGACAUCAAGAGUUGUGGAACUCAAGAAGAACAAGCGCAAGGAUAGGUCUGAGGAUGCAGAUCCUGGGUGGUCAAAUUCAGGUCUAAAUGACAAAAUCUCUUCAAAAGGUGGUGUAUAUCUCCAUGACAUUCUACAGAAUCAUUAUAAAAUUGAAGAAAAAUCAUUGAUACGUGAACUUCAAUGGCAAGCCCAAUUGGUACUUUGGCAUUCACCUGGUCUUUCUGCCACUAUCAAGGCACACUUCCAGGCCUUUGAAGAUCAUUCCAAAAACAAUUUAGCAAAUGAUUGGAAAUUUUUCUUCAGUAGUGAAAGGAUUUCAGUGGCAAUCAAACGUAUUCACUCUGAGAUAGCUAUGGGAUUCUUUGGGGCUUUGAAGACUGUCUGCUAUGGACAAAAGGGGAUACCAGAGAUGAGAUUGUUGGUUGAAGAUGGCUGGGACUUCCUUUACAAAUACUUUCAUGAUGAAUUUCAGAUCUUACAGAAGAACAAUGUACUUUUACCAUCUUCAAUCUUACCCUGCUCCUAUGACAGAGAUAAAGCUAUUGGGGAAAUUCUGUCACAUGUAUUGACCAUUCCAGAGAAAUCAUCCAUAUCAUCCAGGAUAAUCUUCCAACUCUUGAAAAGAUGGUAUCAAUCAAGCAAAUUCAAUAGUGCAAUUUCUAGGAUCCCAAUCAACUAUUCAACAUUCCUUGAAAAUUGUCAUGUUAUAUACAAUCGAGGAAGGAAAAAGAUUAAAAUAGAUGGUGGGAAGACUAAAAAAGAACAGGAUGAUUUGUUUAAGUACUUCAGGGUUGAGAUGAGGAGACAAGGAGAAAGCUUGAUUCAAAAGGGCCUCACACCACUGGGAAAGGACAUGAAAACAUUUUUUGCUACACUCAAACUUAAAAUGGGUGACAUAUAUGUAUCUCAAGAUGGUGAAAAAGGUGCAAGGAAAGAUCUUCCUUCUUCAGUUGUUAAGGAGGAUAUCAAAAUAAUCAAUAAAGCCAUUGAAAUAGCUGAAAAGUCUAUCACUCCAACAUUUAUGGGAAUUUUGAGUACUUUGCAUACAAAGGGUAAAAUGGAUGAAUCUUGGUCUCUUAUGAUUCAGAGUGGAUGGAACCACCUUCAAACAUACUUCAAUAGAUGGAUUAGCUUUUUGUCAAAACCUGAAUACUCGGUAAUUUUACCCACAAAAGGCAAGAAAGUUCAAGAUAUUGAUUGGGCAGAUGACAAAAUGACAAUAGCCUAUUUAGGAACAUUGAGAGACAUCACCAAUGUACCUACCAACUUGGUCUGGUUUCUUUUAGAUCUAUGGUUUGAUUGUAUCACUGAGUCAAAACACAGUGAAAUUCAAAAUUUGUCAACUAAAGUCUUACCACCAAACAGGGAAUUUUUGAGGAACAAUUACAUGGCAUGUGUAAUCUCCCACAGGAAAUCUUAG